AAAUACUUUCUACCGGCCCUUCUUCUUUCCCGCCCACCACCGCCGACCGGCGAGCGCUCACGUCGGAGCUAUUUUUCCAUAAACCCACCGCACCUUUCUCCCCGGCGACUUUACUAAAUUGUUUCAAGCGGCAAAAAGAUGGCUUGCCUUCACAUCUCAGUUCCAUCCUUCUCGGUAAUCUCAGUUCCCUCCAACUCAACUCUCAAUGUUUCUCAUUCUCGGUCCAAGUUUCGAUCAAGAGCCAAUUUCUCUCACGGAGGUGCAAUUGCUGAACCAAGAGCCAUUAAAUCUACCGAACCUCUUCUGAUUGACGCUGUUCGUGGGAAAGAAGUGGAAAGGCCUCCCGUUUGGCUUAUGAGACAAGCGGGGCGGUAUAUGAAGAGUUACCAAACCCUUUGUGAGAAGUAUCCAUCUUUUCGUGAGAGGUCAGAAAAUGUGGAUCUUGUGGUGGAAAUUUCUUUACAGCCAUGGAAAGUGUUCCGUCCGGAUGGGGUUAUUUUAUUUUCAGACAUUCUUACCCCCCUCUCUGGAAUGAACAUACCCUUUGACAUUAUAAAGGGGAAAGGUCCAGUCAUAUUUGAUCCUAUCCAAACUGCUACAGAUGUUGACAAAGUUAGAGAAUUCAAUCCUGAAGAAUCCGUUCCAUAUGUUGGCGAGUCAUUAAGUAUCUUGCGGAAAGAGGUUCAUAGUGAAGCGGCAGUUCUAGGAUUUGUCGGGGCACCUUUUACUAUGGCUUCUUAUGUUGUUGAAGGGGGUUCCUCAAAGAACUUCACAAAAAUAAAAAGGCUCGCUUUCUCCCAGCCCAAGAUCCUUCACGCGCUUCUUCAAAAAUUCGCAACCUCUAUGGCCAAAUACAUACAGUACCAAGCCGAAAGCGGGGCCCAGGCUGUUCAGAUAUUCGACUCGUGGGCCACCCAACUCAGCCCAAUGGACUUCGAAGAGUUCAGUCUCCCUUACUUGAAACAGAUAGUGGACUCAGUCAAGAAAACCCAUCCGGACCUCCCCUUGAUCCUAUACGCCAGUGGGUCUGGUGGUUUGCUGGAGAGACUACCCCUGACAGGAGUUGACGUGGUCAGCUUGGACUGGACAGUGGACAUGGCCGACGGUAGGAGGAGGUUGGGUCCCAAUGUGGCGGUUCAGGGCAAUGUAGAUCCCGGGGUGCUGUUUGGUUCCAAGGAAUUCAUUACCAGCCGUAUACACGACACCGUCAGGAAAGCUGGUAAGGGGAAACAUAUUUUGAACCUGGGACAUGGGAUUAAGGUUGGUACCCCUGAGGAAAAUGUUGCACAUUUUUUUGAUGUUGCCAAAGGACUUAGAUAUUAGAGGAUGAUGAUGCAGGGAUGCCAUCCAUAGUAGAGUAGAUAGAACAACCAAACACAUAUCUAUAUUCCAAUCACUUCUCAUAUCUCCAUAAGUGUUUGGGA